AUGAUCGAUCAGUAUGUUUUUCAUUGUGCAGCGACUACGUCUGGUAUCCAGUCAAGCUAUUCAGGCGCCUUGACCGAGAAAAGCUCUUCGUUUAUACGCCCAAAACAAGGAGAAUCCGGUUUCAACUUCUUGGCGAUUAAAUUAAAGACUUCAAGCAGCGGCAUUUAUACGAUUGUAUGCGAAAGUGGUAUCGAUACUUACGGAUGUCUCCAUAAUGAAUCAUUCCUUUCAAACAAUCCAAAUUCGAAAUUAAUAGCGACAGAUGAUGACAGCGGUUCAAAAAGGAAUUGUAAGCUGAUAGCAAAUUUGACAACAGCUGAGUCUAUGAUUCUCGUUGUUACCACAUACAACGCUGAACAAACUGGAGCAUUUAAAGUUAUAGUCUACGGUCCAGAAAAGGCAAUUUUAUCUCCGUACGUCACAACACCACUUACUACAACGAGCACCUCUACAACAACAAGCACCACUAAAUCAAGUAUAGAAGUUAAUAUUCCUGCUAAUGCUAAAUGGGCACAGAACGGCGUGACUGUUGCUGGAGGUAACGGGAGAGGCGAUGCCACUAAUCAACUCCACUGGCCUUAUGGUCUCUUCGUUGAUUAUGAUCAAACAGUGAUUAUUGCUGACUACUAUAAUCAUCGUAUCAUGCAAUGGAAGAACGGUGAUACAACGAAUGGAGAAGUUGUUGUUGGUGGCAGAAGCAACGGAAAUGGAUUGCAUCAAUUUGAUCGUCCAACUGAUGUAUUAAUUGACAAAGAGACGGAUAGUCUCAUUGUUUGUGAAGACGGACGAGUUGUAAGAUGGUCUCGUCGUAGUGGUACAAUACAAGGAGAAAUACUCAUCGACAACAUCUAUUGAAUCUUCGUUGAUACGUUGGGUACACUCUAUGUAGCAGACUAUGAUAAUCAUCGUGUACUGCGUUGGACUCAAGGAGACAAGAAACAAGGCACUGUAAUUGUGGGUGGAAAUGGUCCAGGAGCAGAAGCAAAUCAGUUCAAAAAUACCGUUGGUUUGUCUUUCGAUCGACAUGGUAAUCUCUAUGUCGCCGAUAUGGGCAAUGAUCGUGUUCAACGAUUUUCUAUCGAAUAA